AUGUCUUCCGGAGUCCCCAUCCUCACUCUCAACAACGGUGUGAAGAUCCCGGCAAUAGGGCUGGGCGGCUGGGGUGGCUUGACAGCUGAAGAGAGGGCCGCAGCGAGAGGGUGGUUUCUGACGGGAUUGCAGGCUGGGUACAGGCACAUCGAUGUUGCACAGAUGUACGGUACCGAGGAAUCCCUUGGGAAAGCCAUACGAGAGUCUGGCAUUCCGCGCGAAGAGAUCUUUGUCACGACGAAGCUCCCAUGGAACCAUCACUCGCGCGUAGCCCAAUCCUUCCAGGAAUCUUUGAACAAUCUAGGACUUGAUUACGUCGACCUAUACCUAGUCCAUUGGCCUCAACGAGUUGUACUUGAAGAGGGAAACGACUUCCCCAAACACCCGGACGGAUCGAUCAAAACCGUCGAAUCCCCGUCGUUUAACGAAGUUUGGGCGGACGUGGAGAAACUGCUCGAUACUGGCAAAGUGCGGGCGAUUGGCGUGAGCAAUUUCUCGGUCAAGACCCUCGAGACCCUGCUGUCGACCGCCAAAGUCGUUCCCGCGGUUAACCAGGUAGAAUUGCACCCGUACCUCGCGCAGCCCGACUUGGUUGAAUACUGCAAGAAAAAGGGCAUCUUGAUCACUGCUUACACUCCCACCGGCUAUCAAAACGUCCUUACUGACCCCACAAUCACUGAACUGGCGGGCAAGUACCGUGUCUCUCCAGCGCAAAUCGUACUGGCGUGGCACGUCGCGCGAGGAGGUAGCGCCUGCCCGAAGAGCUCCAACGUGGAAAGACAGAAGCAAAAUAUCAAUCUUCCUACUUUGGACGUAACAGACGUCGCUAGGAUCACGGCGCUGGACAAGGGGCAGAGGCUAUGCAACAAGCCGGAUGAAAAUGGUAGAGUCUGGGGAGUGUCAGUCGAGGAACUCGGAUGCAUGCAGACCUUGGCUUCCAAUUCCUCUUCCAAAAAGCUCCCCAUUGAGCUCAUCCAUGAUAUUAUCGCUGACCUCGCUGAUCAGCACGACGCCUUGUACUCGAGGGAGGAUUGGCUUUUCCGCAAGAAGCCUAUUGCCCCAGGCCUAUCCUCUUGCUCCCUUGCAUGUCGCGCAUGGAACUAUAUAUGCCGGCCUCACAUCUUUAGCACGAUCGUCAUGCAUUCGGGUCAAAUUAACGCUCGACUUUCUUUCCUGCACUUCACAUCCCCUCAUCUCUACGAGCAUAUCCUCGACCUUCGGAUAUCUGUCGGAAAUGAGUUGAACAAGGCUCUGAAUCUUGAAAGACACUACUUCGAUCGAUUUACGAAUCUACGUGCUCUAUACAUUGCCCUCGGGUUUUCUACCAGGGCCUCAUACGGAAGGCUGUGCAUGCUGGGUAUCUUGACCCUGAUCUCUACCGUCCCUCUGAAGCGUCUUGUCCUUCACAGUUGGGUCAUCGAGGAGAAUGGAUCGGACCUGCUGCAUGUCCUGUCCGCAUGCUCAAAUACCCUUGAGGAUUUGACGUUAGACAUUCUCAACACCUUUCAAGAGACAACAUCAGUGGAAACAGACCCCGUUCGUCUGGACUCUCUCCACAACUUGCAGCUCAGAGGAUUUCCUCCACCCAACUUGAUUGCUUGCCCCAAUCUCCAAUCCUUGACAAUUGCCAAUGAUUCUUGUGACAUUCCUUCAUGGAUUCCCGCCGGUUUGGCCAAGCUUGUUCUCGAUGUCGGCAAAUCUGUUCCGUGUCUCGGCACGACAAUAUCCCCCUCCGACAUAUGCAUCAUUUGUAUACGCAGACCAUACCACGCCUCGUACUCUAUGGUCAUCCAGUUUGCAAGGGAGUCUCUCCAGUGCCUCCCGCACCCCGCUUGUGUUACGCAGCUUACCAUCAAGAUUGCUUGUCAGCACAUGGCACCACGCCUUGAGGAAUAUGAAGGGCUAUGCUGCGCCAUACAACCGCUCCAUAGCCUCGGGAUGUUGAAGCGGGUCAACCUUAGUAUUGAUCUUAUCCCGGGAGCUUCUUUGCCAUAUCCCUGGCAGGACGAUGCAAAGGAGAUUGCCAAGCUCGAGAAAGCAUUUGCUCCGCUAUUGGGAAAUAUAUCACCUGUCGACGCCCUUGGGUCCUUUGCUCGCGAGCACGGGCUCAAAGUGAUCAUACGAUGCGAUUAG